ACUAUAUUAUGCUAGUACAACUAUCUAAAGUGAAGUUAGUUUUAAGCUGUAAAAAAUGGAAGCGUUGAUUUGUCUCAAUAAUUGUGUUUUGGCAAUUUGUUAUUUCAUGUGAAUAGUUUAAAGUUUAUACGAAUUAUAAUAUACUGAAAAUGGGUCGAUCGAGGUCCCGAAGUAAAACACCACGACGGCAUCAUAAAAGCAGCAAACAUUCAAGAAAGAAGAGCCGUUCAAAAGAUCGCUCAUCAUCACGAAGUAGAAGUUCUAAACAUGUUGAGAAAACUAGAGAAAGGAGUUCCAAAUCAAGAAAGAGAUCGCACUCUGCAUCAUCGACGACAAGUAGUGGCGGUUCAUACGAUGGAAAUAGAACAAGUAGAAAGAAAUCCAAAGGACGUAGUAAAAUGGACGAAGUAGACCGACUGGCUGAAAUGGAAAGGCAAAGACGUAUAAGAGAAGCAGAACAAAAGGUAGUUGAAGAGGAGGCAGCAAAAAGAAUAGAACUACUUGUAAAGAAGAGAGUAGAAGAAGAAUUAGAGAAGCGUAAAGAUGAAAUAGAACAAGAAGUUGCAAAAAGAGUAGAAGAGGCAAAGCGAAAGAUGGAAAAAGAGAUGAUGGAAGAACUUGAGAGACAGAGAGAACAGCAGCGACAGGAGGAGCUCGCACGACAGGAGGAAGAAUCACGUAAAAGGAAAGAGUUGGAGGAAAUCAUGGCGGAAAAUAACAGAAAGAUUGAGGAAGCCCAACGGAAGCUGGCUGAAGAAAGACUAGCGAUGAUUGAAGAACAAAGAAAAAUGGAUGAAGAAAGACAAAAAUUGAAAAAAGAACAAGAAAAGAGAAUAAAAGAAGAACAAAAGAAAAUUUUAGGGAAAAAUAAUUCAAGACCCAAAUUGUCUUUUUCACUGAAGCCACUUUGAUGGGUUAUGCUAAUUUGGAUUUAAGCUAAGUUAAACUAAUAUAAAUUUUGAGUUAGGUAGAGUUUCCAUGUGUCAUAAAAUGGGUGGAGGGUGUCAAUCCCAUAAUUUAAAAACACAAAAAAAAAAUACCAUUGGUAAUGAGAGUUACUUUAAAACUACAAUAAAUUAAUGUCACAUUUUCAUUACCCUAAAAAUUAUAUGAUUUGAGAUGGGAACCCUAGACAACAUUCUUGGUUACUGAUAAUUACACUAGUAACUUGAUAAUUUAUAUUUGCUUACUUAUCCAUUUUAUAAAAUUGUAAUAUAAUAUUUCAUUAAAAAAAUCAUUGCUACAAAUUUUCAUUAUGUUAUAAAUAUAGGUACAUUCAAGCCCACAAUUUCAAAAAUUACAGUAAAAGGGAAAAAGAAUAAGAAUGACAAAAUAAGUGAUUUUCGUACAUUAUUUUAUCUAUACAAAGUGUUUUUAUUUAAAAAAAAAUAUAACAUCACGACAACUGAAAGAACAAUAAAAUCUUCAUUGAGAUCCGUCCACAUAGAAACUUUUCAUGUAGUUCAGAUGGAUAAACUUUUGUUUAUUAUUUUAACUUCAAAAAUGUAUUAAAAAAUUAUUCAUUUGAAAACUUCAGCAUUUACUAAAAAUAUUUAAAUAGGCGAUAAGACUAGAAGGCCUAUCUCCUUUUGUUCAUACAAAAUGUUAGUUAAAAAAAAAGUGCUUCGGAUUUUUUAAUCUUGCAAUAUUCAAUAACUUUUGCAUAGGCAAAGUAGCUGGUUUGAUUUUGGUUAGAACUAAAAUGAACAAGAAUGUUAUGGGUUCUUUAUGUAUAGAAAUGAAUUAUUGAUACAGAAUGUUUGUUUAUUUCCUGUCAAAGUAAUAUUUAUUAAAUUUAAAGGAUUUUUUUCACUUCCAUGCACAAUUCAUGUUAAAAAUAUAUUUGAAUGCAAUGUUUGGAGUCUACUUAAAAUUUGUCAUUCAUCAAAUGGAAUUCAAAAACAAAUCAGUUCUCAAAUGCCUUAAAAUUUUGAAAGAGUUAAUAAAAAGUUGAGAAUUAUACCACUCUGUCAAGAAAGUACCGGGAAAAGAUCAAUAAUACGCAAACGGUUUUUUAUACAUGCAAAUUUAUUUUAUCACCUUCAAAGUAUGCUCCUGCAGAAACGAUACACUUACGCCAACGAAUAAUCCAAUCAUCAAAACAUUUUUUUAACGCUGUUUCCGGAAUUGAGUUGUUCUCGCCGUGAAUUCUUUAUGUCUUAUUAUUUAUGUCGAUUGAAAAUGUGUGCCACGAAGUGGUAAUUUGAGAUUAGGAAAAAGAAAGAAGUCGGCUGGAGCCAAAUCUGAUAAAUAUGGUGGUUGCUCGAUGGUAUUUGUUGUGUCUGGUCAAAAAUUCGUUCACAAUGAUGGCCUUGUGCGAAGGCGUAUUGUCGUGGUGCAAAAUCCAAGAAUUUUCUUUCCACAAAUGUGGCCUUUUUCGUCGAAUUUGUUCUCUUAAACGCCGCAUAAAGCUCAAAUAGUAUUCCUUAUUUACCAGUUGACCUUCUGGCAAGAAUUCUGAGUGCACAAAACCCGCGAUAGUCAAAGAAAACACUCAAUAUGACUUUGACUUUAAAACGAGUUCAGCAUGGUUUUUUCGGUUUCGGUUCAGUUGGAAGACGAUACUCCGACGCUUGUUGACUAGUUUGCAUGUCAAACUCGUAAACCCACGUCUUGUCAACCAGUAACAAUGCGUUUCAUGUGUUGGAUCGGAAUUGACUCGUUCUAGCAUGUCCUUAGCGACUCUAUGCGAUUGGGUUUUUGGAGAAAAUUCAGAUCUUUUGGAACUAGCCGAGCGGCAACAUGUUUCAUACCCAAAUGAUUAGUUAAAAUAGUACGGAUCGACUCAUGAGAUACGGAAUGUUAGGCGGCUAUCUCUCUCAAAAGUUGAAUGAGGAUUUUCAGUCAUUGUUUCCUUCACUUUUGCGAUGUUAACUUUAGUUGCAGACGUUGAUGGCCUACCAGAGCGAGGCAAAUCCAUCACACCUCAACCGCUUUUGAACGCUUUGUACCAAUCAUAAGCACGAGUUUUUGAUAAACCGAUUCACCGUAAGCCUUCUGUAACAUUUUCAUUAUCUCCACAACAUUCUCGGACAAAUUCCAUUGGUGAUGCAAAAUGUAAGACACUCUUUCUUCGAUGUUUUUGUCCAUUAUGAAAUUCGAAAUACAUACUAGAUAUGAUAUAACUAAAAACAGCACUGUAUUUAAUAUAAAUAACAGAUGCAACUCAAACUCCGCGCCAAAAUGGAAAAUAGUUGUGCCAAUCUAACAACAACAAGAAAAAAACAAAAAUUUGAAUUUGGAACCAUAAACAAAUUAUACAUUCCCGAUACUUUUUUUGACUGGAUGUACUACUUCAGACAAUUUAGAUAUUUUGAUAGUUGUUAUGUAGAUAUAGAUAUUUGUUAAAUAAAAAAAGCCUACUGCAAAGUAAAUAGGUAAUAAAUUUAAAAAUAUUGAUAAACAAUGGUGUGAUCAAGGGUUGUUACAAAUCAGUGAAUAUUCAAAAAUUUGUCUGGUCUGUUGUCUGUAAACCGAAGAUAAAUCUUCGGUGUACAUUAAAAUAUCAAUAAUCUUAGAUUAUAUUUAGUCAAGUUUUUAUAUAUUCAUUGUCAUUAGAAUAUUUAUUCCGUAAAAGACGCUAUUUGUCCCCCUAUUUCCAAUUGCAUAAAUUAUUCCACGUAAAAUUAGAUUUUCCAUCUUUCUUAAUCAUAAUAGUUUUCGAAAGUAAAUUUAAUUAAAUUCCAUUUUGUUCCUUUUACAGCUUAUACAAUCUACACAAUUUUAAUAAUAUUAUAUUUUGCUUACAUUUCUGCAAAAAGGCACAAUAUCAUUUGUGUCAAAGAUUAAAAACAUCAAAAUAAAGUUACAAGAUAAAAAAAA